CCAAUUUUAUUUCUAGGCGCUAAGUGUGUGACCAAAGCAAUGCAUAUAUAGUAUAGUAUAAGUAAGCCUGUCCUGUAUGGUUUCCUCUCUUGAAUUUCUGCUAAUUAAUCUCUUCAUGCUCGUUAAACGCACUAUCUCUCCCUUUCUUGAUUUCAUCUAUCUCUGUCUUGGGAUUUCAAUCUUUGUGUCAUUAUGUCUCAUUUGGACAUAACCAGUAACUGCAAGAAAAGGAAGAGAGGAGAGAAGGUGUUUAGGUUCAAGAACUUUGGUGAAAAUGGAUACCCAGUUGAGUUUGAUGGGUCAUUCAGGGAAAAUGUUAAAGCACUUCUUGAAUUAGGGUAUUCUGAGAGUAAUAUUUGCACUGGAAUUCCAAGUUGGUCAUUUCAGCUUGAAGUCAGUUGCCACCCUCCUUUCUAUAUCUUGUUGUUUGUCAUUGAAGAGCCAAUUGAAGCUUCUUUGGAUCACUAUUGCUGCAAGCAUUGUUUAUAUGUUGGCUGGGGUGAACAUCUGAUAUGCAACAAGAAGUAUCACUUCGUGCUACCGUCCAAGGAUACAGUCAUUGCUUUCCUGAACCGUGAAGGCAACUUUGAUGGGGAAAUUUCAGUGAAGGGUAAUAAGUUCAAUAUAGCAGAAUUACAAGGCCAUAUGAUGCAUGGUGUCUUUCAUUCUGAUGGGUUUGGUCAUUUGCUGUGUGUUAAUGGCUUGGAAGCUGGUUCCAACUUGUCUGGACGCCAGAUCAUAGAAUUCUGGGAUCGUUUGUGCACUGGCUUACAAGCAAGGAAAGUGAGUUUGAAUGACAUUUCACAGAAGAGAAGCAUGGAAUUAAGGCUACUUCAUGGCAUAGCAUAUGGGGAGCCUUGGUUUGGUCAAUGGGGUUACAAAUUUGAGAGAGGAAACUUCGGUGUAACUGAACCAAUCUACCAGAAAGCUAUAGGAACUAUCCAAGGCGUGCCCUUGUGCAUCUUAGUUCAUUAUCUUAGCAAUACUAAUCCUGAUCUUCCUUCCAUCAUCUCCAAAUACCAAACCUUAUCAGAUUAUUCCUUAGCGACACUUGGCGAUCUUUUUCGCUUCAUGUUCGAGCUUAAAUCUCACCUUCCUGAAGACAACUCUAUUGAUGCAUGCACUACAGGAAUUGUCAUAGAACCUAAUUGUAGAUGGUCUGCAAAGAGAAUUGAAAUGGCAACUAGAGUUAUUGUAGAAUCCUUAAAAAGAGCUGAUUUUAGAUGGGUUUCAAGGCAAGAAGUUAGGGAUGCUGCUCGUGCUUAUAUUGGUGACACAGGAUUACUAGACUUUGUGCUUAAGUCAUUAGGAAACCGUAUAGUCGGAAAUUAUUUAGUUCGCCGGAGCUUGAAUCCGGUGACAAAAGUGUUGGAGUACUGCCUAGAAGAUGUCUCAAAUAUAUUUCCUGCCCAAGAAAGUAUUAACAUUAACAAUUCCAAAGUAAAGGCCAGAUAUAAGAUUACAAGAUGUCAAGUAAUGAAGGAUAUGUACUACUUUUACAAGUAUGUUGUUAAAGACCAAAAGCAGACUGUCAAUAUGGGAAUUCUUACAGCAAUACAAGCAGCUUCAAGAAUAAUUCUUGACACUAAAUUUCUUGCAAAAGACUAUUAUACAGAAUUCCCUUGUAGAGUUGAAUUAGGGCUUGAAGGGAAAUUGAAACUCUAUUGCACAGUAUUUUUAAGGAACAAUGAAGAAAUAGCUAAUGAAGGGAUAAACAAAGCAAUGCCACCAUUUGAGUGUAUUACUUUGAAAUCAAAUGCUACAUUUGAUGAGCUAAAGCAACAAGUUGAAAGAAACUUCAAGGAAUUAUACUGGGGAUUUCGAGGUUUUGCUGUCGAGUCGAUACUGAACUUGAAUGCUAAAGGGAGCGAUCUAGUUUUUGGAUUAGUUGAAGUGGGUCAGAAAAUGGUGUUUGAAGGGAGUAAUAGGGAGAGAGGAAUGAUUAAUGAGUUGAUAUAUGAAAGUGGUAACAAUAACAGAGUCGUGGAUUGCCCUUGUGGAACUAAAGAUGAUGAUGGAGAAAGAAUGGUUUCAUGUGAUAUUUGCGAGGUAUGGCAGCAUACAAGAUGCGUUAGGAUCCCAUAUCAUCAGGAAAUCCCUCAUAUAUUUCUCUGCAGCCGCUGUGAACAUGAAAUCAUAAUCUCACCUUCUUUACCUUAGUACCUAUUAGUUUUCUUUUCACUUCUAGCUUAUAUAUGUUCUUCGUCAAACGUGACUAUUUCGAGGCAUAUAAAAAAAAAAAAGGAAUGUUUCAGUUGUAGAAUGGAUAUUUAUAAUUAGGCGUACCAACCUGACUCCUAAUAAGACUAAAAUCUAUCUUAAACGUUCUUAUCA